UCCAUUCAUUCUUAUCUUCUUCUUCUCCCAAAAGCCAUUGCAUUGUGGUGAAUGUUUGAGUGCAGAAGGUAAAAAAGAAAAUGGUGGUGAAGAUUCGAUUGGCAAGGCUCGGGUGCCGGAACCACCCAUUCUAUCGUGUGGUUGUUACGGAUAGCAAAACAACAAGAGAUGGCAAGCAACUUGAAGUUUUAGGUUUCUACAAUCCCGUCGCAGGCAAGGAUGAUGACAAAAGAAUGAGCCUCAAACUGGAGAGAAUCAAGUAUUGGCUUUCCGUUGGAGCUAAGCCUUCAGAGCCUGUUGAGCACCUUCUAUUUAGAGCAGGUUUAGGACAAUCUCAUCAAUUCCCUGUUGCUGCUCUAAAUGGACAUAUCCUCAACCAAGACCAACCAACCAUUGCUGCUGAUCACAAUGGUAUAUCUCCAGAAGCUAUAUUUUCUAUUGCCCUACAAGUUUGAAGAUAAUAGCUACCAUACAUUUGGAGAAGGUGGGUGGUUGCACCCUCUUCUGUUCAAUACCACCUAGAAAUAAAUUGAUAGGUUAUCUUGCUGUCGACAAACUGGUUAGAUUUGUUUCCUGGGAAGUAGCAAAAGUAGCUCAUCUGAUUUUGGUUUAUGUAUGCAUGUCUCACAUUCUUGUCAACACACCACUUGGUUUUUAUGCUUAUGCAAUUCUUCUUGAUUCUGACAAUUUAUUUUGAAAUAUUAUCCUGUUUUCUUA